AUGGCUCAAUCCAUCAAGAAUGUGAUGUUGAUGGGUAAGAGCGUCGUCAUCUACGACUCGGGAGUUAAGCCGUGGUCAACCACCAAUAUCGGGACCGCCGCCUCUGCCAUUGUCAAGGUACUUGCUGCUCUGGAGAAGGCUACCGAGUCCAAGUGGGAGGCCAAGCAGAUGACCUCGGCCGAAAGGCUGGAAAAGGCUGCAGACAUGGGCGACAAGGAUCACUCGGAGGGGCUGAAGCUGUUUUGCCUGAUGCUCAUGCACCCUAAAACUGAUAUUCGGUACCACUCAGGUCAGUCUUUGGAGCUAAUCUACUUCUCCGAGUACAAAAAUUCGCCGAGACAGGAGCUCCGAGUUGCAAGACUGAUUGUCGUUGACUAUGACAAGAUUCGACAAAGGGACGAGGUCGAAUCUGCGAGGUUGUGCACAGUCUGUGUCGAGUGGGGCUGCUUCUACUCGAACCUUUCAAGUAGACCAUCACAGCCGUUGCUGGAAUCUAUGGGCCCCGCCGAUGAGCACAGACUCGAAAUACAGCAUCGCAUCUCCUCUCUAUCGACCUCCGCGGUCGUCCUCCAAUACUUCCCGCCGCUACACGACCUCCCACCUCCCACCAGCCAGGUUCACUUUACACACACAGACGCCGGCAGUAUUUCUGUGCUCUUCGCCUCCAAAUGGGGCCUGCAGGCGCACCCUCCAGGACAAGAACCCUGGGAGUACGUCGCGCCAGGACCCCACUGCGCCGUUGUCAACGUCGGCGACUCCUAG